GGACUGACGAGGAUUUUAACCAGAUACGUCACAACUACUGGGUAAGAGAAAGAGGGAGGGACAGAGGAGAGGAGAGGAGAGGAGUAGAGCAAACAAACAGAGACGGGGAGAGAAUGAGAGAGAGAGUACAGAGGGAUAUAUUGAGUCAGAGCUGGUCUGCAUGUUCCUCAGUGUUUAAGAGACAGAGGAAUUGAGAGCAAGCAAGAUGGAGUGCUGGCACAGAUGAAGACUGUCCCUGGUCUCGUUCGACAGUCCACAUGAGCGUCUCCAAACCCCCACCGCCCCCCUCCACCACCCACCUGACCAUCCCCCCUUCCUCCACCUCCACACCUUCCUCCACCGCCUCAACCGCCUCCUCCCCCUCGGCGACGCCCCACUCCACCGGUCCGCCCCCUCCCUCGCCGGUCAAGAUCUCUAUGCAGGAGCACUUUGCCAUCAACGUGUGCCCGGGACCCAUCCUCCCCAUCCCACAGAUCUCAGACUUCUUUCCCCGUUUCCACGACUACCCCUGCACGCCACCGCCUCCGAGGGAGAAGAAGAUCCUAAAAGAGGAGACUUUCAAUGGGGAGACGGGUGUAGGAUACAAGGAUGGGGAGAGGAGGCUGGACAACGACGGAGACAGGGAGGAGGCGAUCGACUCUGAUGAUGAUGACACCUACCUAGGAACGUUGGAGUUCACCCUACUCUUUGAUCAGGAGAACAACUGCCUUCAUUGUACUAUUCACAAGGCAAAGGGACUGAAAGCCAUGGACUCCAAUGGACUGGCUGAUCCAUACGUCAAGCUGCAUCUUCUCCCCGGGGCUAGCAAGGCAAACAAGCUACGCACAAAAACCCUGAAGAAUACGCUGAACCCAGUGUGGAACGAAACGCUGAUGUAUCAUGGCAUCACAGCAGCCGACAUGACCACCAAAACGCUCAGGCUGUGUGUGUGUGAUAUGGACAGACUUGGACGAAAUGAAUUCAUUGGAGAGGUGAGAGUGGCUCUGAAGAAACUGAAAGAGGGCGAGAACAAGCGCUACUAUAUGGGCCUAGAGAGAAUUGCACAGAAUAAAGAAGCUAACAAUCAAAUGGUGGAGCAGGGAACGGUCGUGACAGAGGAGGAGCGUGGCCGCAUCCUGGUGUCACUGUGCUAUAACACAGAGAAGGGCUGCCUGCUGGUUGGGAUCAUACGAUGUGCCCAUCUGGCGGCCAUGGACUCUAACGGCUACUCUGACCCCUUCGUCAAAAUCAUCUUGCAGCCAGAUAUGGGGAAAAAGUCCAAGUACAAGACUUCAGUGAAGAAAAAAACUCUCAACCCUGAAUUCAAUGAGGAGUUUUCAUAUGAAGUUACCCUGGACCAGCUGGCAAAGAAAACCCUGGAGAUCUCUGUGUGGGACUACGACUUGGGAAUGAGCAACGACUUCAUAGGUGGAGUGGAGCUGGGCAUCACGGCAAACGGACAGAGACUCAGACACUGGUUUGACUGUCUCAAAAACAAAGGGAAGAAAGUGGAGUACUGGCAUACGCUCACACAGCAAGGAGCCCCGAGCGGUGACAAACCGGACUAGAUUACACAAGACCUUCAUGCACACACACACACACACACACACACACACACACACACACACACACACACACACACACACACAUUUGUCUCACUGGAAGAUGGUUGAUAACAGAGACCAAGUAAAGCCCUAAAAAGAGCAAAGGAUAAAACAUGCAAUAAUAAUAAUGUUGAAAAUGAUCAUAUAACGCCAAUAAUUACUGCAGCAAGUAUUAGUUUAUGAUAUUCAUACUAAUAUUAGUUAUGGUAAUAAGGUGUAAUCUGAAUACUUUUAUUUUUUUAUUUUUUUUUAAAGGUGAACCAAAUUGUGACGAUGUCCUCCAUUAAAGUGUUGACGUAACAAAACAAUACUCACAAAAUUGUGCUUUAGACCCUAUUGUAUUGUGGAAGUCGCUCAUAUUCUGUCAUUCAAAUUGACACCUAAUGAAGAGAUUUGAGAUUAAUGUACUCAGAGUUAAUUCAGUGAAAAAUGCCAAAAGUACGUAUGUGCACGCUAGUGACUCAUAAUGUGGUAUAUAGUUACAGGAGUGGGAAUGUUAUGGAAGGGUGAUUAUGUACUGGAGAAGUUUCUAUUUUAGUGGUUGUUGAUCUGAUGCAAAACAACAUACCGUAUUAUAAAGCACAAAAUGAUCCAUUUCAUGGAUUUGUACCUUUACUGUUCAGUGUUCUUGUUCUUAUGUCUUUUAUUGUCUAUAAGUGACAGUGGCUUUCUAUACACCUUCAUAUCAGACAUUAAUGUGUCAGUGUGUGCGUGUGGGCAUGUGUGUGCGUGCAUGAGGGCUAUGAGAAUAUGAGUGCCUACAUUUUCUGUCCGUGCAGUGUGUCUAUAUGUAUUCACAUCACAGCCCAUUUUCAAAUGUCUCCCAUCCAACUUCACAAGCACAGAGGUGUGAAGAAAUAAUAACAAAGGACAAGAAGGCACAUACAAGUGAGAGGUCCUCCGCUGCCACCACCACACGCCUCAGUGGUGUGAGCGUUCCUGGCUGGGGGGACACUGACAAGCUGUCAAUCAUGUGUGCCAGACACUUUGCCAUCUCUCUCUCCUGUUGCCAGACAGUCAAAAAGCAACUUUAAGAAUGGAAUAUAUCUUGAUGCGUAACCUCUGACAGCUCUUUUUGACUUUCUCGAUGAAAGGCUAAACUGAUAUUGCUUUUUGGAGGUGCCAUUUGUACCUUUACUUUGCAGCGGCAUUAUGAACCAGAUUUAAACAGGACCCAAGCAGGCUUACCUCAGUGACUCCAAUUCUGCUCCAAAAAAGUCACAGAUGAUGCAACAUUUUCUCCCUGCACGGCAAUAUCGCAGCAGUAAUGUAUUAAUUUGAAAAUACAGGCAUGUGAUUGGUCCUGUUAUCUGAUUAAUGAGCAUAGGGCUGCCCAAAAUCUUGAAAAUAAUCCACCUUUGUUGCGUUUUUGAGAGGAUGUAAAAUGUUAUGUAAAAGAAAUGUGGCAGAAUUCUACACCAACCUUUAGAGGGAGUCAUAGCUGUGAUCAAUGUUGCAUUCAUCCCAUUAUUUCUGACCUAUUAAAUAUCAGGUUUGUAGAGGCAUAUAUUUUAUCCUCUGGACAGGGGACACUGGGACUACACUGUCUGUGACACAGGAUUACCUCCCUGAGAUAAACUGUGUAGUUAGUAGAGAUGCCCCCCACCCACAUGCCUGUUAUGUGUCUCGAUGCAUAUCUCUGCAUAGCGAUGGUGUAUAUGGGCUUGACUAUCACUGAAUCAUUUAAAUGCCUGCCAGAAUAUCAAAUGCACUUCCCCGGUUCACCUAUCACUAUAGCUCUGGCCAUACACUGGUUCACAAAAGCACACCCACAGUCGGUCAGUGGCCUCCGGGACUUUUUCUAACUGUUGAAUCGAUCCGGCCGCUCAUAUUCUUGGUGUCCUUCAACAACCUUGUGAAUGUCUCAUCGUUGACUGCAAAACAAAAUGGAUCCUUCAGUGGUGAAUUAGGUUCAGAAUAAAAAGGGCUUGGGCAUUAUUGUAACAGUAGGCUUAAACACAUUUUCAGUUAGACCUUAAAUGACUUUAAGAAGAGGUUUGGGCAAGGUUUAUUCUGUACUUUCUCUAUGCACAUCAGAACUCCCAGCACGUCGGCAGUGAGGUAAUCAAACCAAAACAACAACAUUAUGUUAUCCUGGCUCCAAAGAUGCAUUUCUGGGAAUACUCGGUACUUUGAUUGGGGUAGGCUGGGUGACAGUCAUCUAAUAGAGUUCACAUUUUUAGGCUGGAUGGUUGCUUAUUCCCGUCUCUGGAUAUGUUGGUUUUGUUAACGGUCGCCAAAUUUUCGGACUCUUGUCUAUUGACCCCGCUUCGCUUACGUAAUCAUUUUAUCUGCAAUACAGCUGCAUGUUUAGCAAUCACUAUCAGCUUGUAUAAUAGAGUGCAACCAUAGCUGAUCAUUCUGAAUGCUGAUGUGUUUACAGUCUAUGCCAUCAGUGUGUAUUUGUUUGUUUGUGAAUACAAUGAUUCAGGGUAUUUUUUGCUCCGUUGCUGUGCUUUGCCAAGCAAGCUAUUGCUUUAAAAAAACAAAACCUUUACUGUCACAGAUUUUGACACUUCGUCUUCCUUCAAUUGAUAUCGCUGGUAAUGAUGCAGGAUGGCAAAAGGCGAAUGAGAUGGGGAGUUCACUACUGCAGUCCCUGUGUAUUCACUGUCAAUGUCAAUCACACGGUAUGGCUGCCAUCCUGUGGUGGGUUUGUGUAACUACUUCGCAAAUAAAUUGAAGUUGUUUCA